AUGGUGUUAUUUCCACCCUCAUUGGUUGAAAGCUAUCUUGUCGCUGUUCCAGCGGAUAAUCCACUCCAAGACAUCUUAGAUCAAUUUCCAUCACUUAUCCGCCCAUUUACUUAUACAGAGACAGUCAAAUACCACACUGUCCACAAGAUUCACACGUCAGGACCGCCAGUGUUUUCAAAGCCGCGCAGGCUAGCUCCAGACCAAUACAAAUUAGCGCGCGAAGAAUUCCAACAAAUGCUGGACCUAGGAAUUAUACGCCCGUCGUCAAGCCCUUUUGCGUCUCCACUCCACAUGGUCCCUAAGGCACAGGAGGGAGCUUGGAGACCCUGCGGUGAUUACCGUAGGUUGAACGCACAGACAGUCCCUGACAAGUACCCUGUACCUAAUUUGGCAGACUUUGCAAUUUCUUUACAGGGAGCUAGAGUCUUUACCAAAAUAGACCUACGCAAAACAUUUUUAUCAAAUCCCCGUCGCCGAAGAAGAUAUUCGCAAAACGGCAAUCACAACUCCUUUCGGCCUAUACGAGUUUCUACGAAUGCCCUUCGGUUUGCGAAACGCCGCGCAAUCCUUUCAGAUUAA